GGCGUCACAAUGGCGUUCGAACCACUUUGGGAAGAUCGAGAUGUUCGCUUCGAUGUUAGCGCUAGUCAAAUGAAACUAAGAGCUGGUGAAAAACUCAUUGACAGACUGGAUGCGGUAGAAGAUACAAAAGGAAACAAUGGGGACAGAGGACGACUGAUGGUAACAAACCUGAGAAUAAUCUGGCAUUCCAUAGAGAUGCCAAGAGCAAAUCUAACUAUAGGAUUUAACUGUGUUAUUUCAAUAUCAACCAGAACAGCCCAGUCUAAACUUCGAGGUACAGUUGAAGCUUUGUACAUACUCUGCAAAUGUGGCUCAACUCGUUUCGAGUUUAUUUUCACAAAUCUGGUUCCUGGCUCACCCAGGCUUUUCACUUCAAUAAUGUCUGUACAUAGAGCUUAUGACACGUCCAAAAUGUACAGAGAUUUAAAAUUGCGAGGUGCUCUAAUCAAAGACAAACAGAUCCGUCUGCUGCCACAAGAGCAGGUCUAUGAUAAAGUCAAUGGUGUCUGGAACUUGUCCAGUGAUCAGGGAAACCUCGGCACAUUUUAUAUAACCAACGUGAGGCUCAUGUGGCAUGCAAAUAUCAAUGAGGCAUUUAAUGUCAGCAUUCCAUAUCUUCAGAUGAAAACAGUCAAGGUGCGAGACUCCAAGUUUGGCAUUGCUCUUGUUGUGGAGACCACACAAAUGAGUGGAGGUUAUGUGCUGGGGUUUCGUAUAGAUCCUGUUGAGAAACUACAAACUACAGCCAAGAUGAUACAAAACCUACACAGAGUCUACAGUGCUUGUCCUAUCUUUGGGGUGGAGUUUGAAGUGGAUGAUAAGCCUCAGACUACAGAUCUGGUGACCAGGGAAGUUGUCCAGGAUGAUAUAGAGGUGGAGAAUGAUGGACAAACUGAUGCCUUUGCUGCUUACUUUGCUGAUGGCAAUAAGGACCAGGAUAGAGAGCCAGUCUACUCAGAGGAGCUUGGGCUGGCCAUAGAGAAGUUGAAGGAUGGGUUUACAAUAGCUGGUUUGUGGGAGGUCAUCCCAUCUCAGUAGUUGAAGGAUGGGUUUACAAUAGCUGGUUUGUGGGAGGUCAUUCCAUCUCAGUAGUUGAAGGAUGGGUUUACAAUAGCUGGUUUGUGGGAGGUCAUACCAUCUCAGUAGUUGAAGGAUGGGUUUACAAUAGCUGGUUUGUGGGAGGUCAUACCAUCUCAGUAAUUUAUAACUCA